AUGGCUCGUCUUGUGCUCAAGAAGAGCAAGGCGCCGUCAUCAUCAACACGCCAUUGGAAUCGGUCGCCGAAUCUGGGUCUCAUUGCCUUGGUCUCUAUCCUACUCUUUACCCACUAUGGACAGUCCAAUAUAGGCUCAUAUACCAGCUUGUUAAACAGCAUGGAAGAAUCCUCAUAUCUCUUGGCCCAAUCGGCCACCAAUACGGCGACGAAACAAACAUCUUCAUUUUUGCAUGGACACGAUAAACACGAUGGCAGCAGUGACGAUUUUGACUUUUUGAUGUGUGUCAAGGACGUGUUGGAUAAUCUACCCAUUGGCAAGGGACGACUCGCCGCGCGACGCAAUCCCAAACGUCUCAACAUUGUCUUUGCGCACCACUUUGAUGCCAACAAUGGACCCAAAAAGUGGAAUGCCAAGGAUCGCUUUCAGCCCAUGCCGCAACUGCAAAAGGCAGAUGCUGGUUCCGCCAAAAGUUGUGUCGUUUGGGAAGUGGGGGCUCAUGAACGAGCAGAAGAUUCACGAACGCUACUCGAACAGUAUCCCGACUGCACCUAUCAUGCCUUUGAGCCGAUACCCACGUUCUUCGACAAUUUACAACGCAACUGGAAGGACGAGCCUCGCAUGCAUACGCACAAUUUUGGUAUUGGAGUCAAGGAUGAUGUCUUUCAAGUGGAUCCUAACUCUUUGCAUAGUCAAAGCACGUAUAUAGGUGACUAUGCGACUGAUCGUGGUGACGACGGUGACGUGAACUAUAACCACAACAAUCAAGGAGGAGGAGCCGGUUUGCAUGCUCACAUCAAGUCCUUUGAACACACAGUGGCCGAAGCUGGUGGACAAUAUCCCACUUUGAUGCACAUGAAUUGCGAAGGCUGUGAAUGGGAGUUGCUGCCCAGUGGCAUGGACGUGGGCUUUAUACAACGCAUUCCUAUCAUUCAAAUUGGCUUUCACAAUUAUGGCGAAAAGGAAGGGCUCGGUGGACGCGCAUGGCAGCUGUGCGAGAUUCGACAACGUCUCAGUCAAUCGCACCGCAUGGUCAAGGGAGUGCCUUUUGCGUGGGAGCGAUGGAUCAAGAAGUAG